AUGCCUCUUUUCAAGCUCCCCAACGAACUGUUGAUCUCCAUCGCCGAGCACCUAGACGUAUCCGGCAUAAAUAAUCUCUCUCGAACAAAUCGUCGCCUAUGCAUUCUCUUAACAUCACUAUUACAUGAUAGAAUGGACUACGACUAUGUUCUCUUGUGGGCAGCAAAGCAUCAGCGAAAGGCACUGCUGGAGAUUGCUCUUGAAAAAGGCGCAGACAUCGAGGCUGCAGACGAUUCGGGUCGGAAUGCUCUCAGCUGGGCAGCAGCUUCCGGUUACAACGAUAUUAUAUUUUAUCUACUUGAUGAGGGAGCCGAUAUUGAAAGCAAGGAUUCUUUAACAAUGACCGCUCUUCACAGAGCGGCAAUUCAUGGCGCUGAACGGACGGUUACGAUUCUCCUAGAACGAGGCGCUAAUGUUGCUGCGUGCACCAGUGUUGAUGACACUGCGCUGCAUUGGGCGUCGUUCCACGGCCAUCUAGGAGUAGCGAGGAUUCUUCUUGAUGCAGGAGCUCCUGUUGAUGCGAAGGGAGGCCAGCUCAAAUACACACCCUUGAUCAGCGCAGCAUACACCGGCUGGGACGAAGUGGUGAAGCUUCUUCUAGACUAUAAAGCUGAAAUUUCUGCGCACACCAACCAGAACGAUACGGCGCUACAUUAUGCGGUCGCUGCGAAUUCAACUUCCAUUGCAAAUAUACUACUAGAUCGGGGAGCUUCUAUCGAGAGUCCGGGUUCAAAUGAGAUUACCCCCCUUGGUGUAGCCGCCCACAGAGGGCAUCUUGAGGUUGCGAAAAUGCUUCGACAAAGAGGAGGCAACGUUCUGGCCCGAAAUGUUGAAGGUCAAACGGUAUUGCAUCUGGCUACAAGAGAUGGACAUGUUGAUAUGGUUCGGCAGCUACUGGAUGAUGGUGCCGAUAUUGCUGCACAGGAUAAACUAGGCAAAACGGCACUGCACACCGCAGCAGUUUUUGCCCACGAGCAGACAAUGAUGAUGCUUGUGUCUAGAGGGGCGAAUCUUCUUAUGAAAGAUGAAGAGGGGCGGAUACCAUACGAUAUAGCGGUUGUAUACGGCUGGAAAGACAUAGCGGAUACUCUCCUCGAUCCAAAGAUGGAAUCAUUACUCAGCCCCAGACGCCGUAAGUGGCGCCGGCGAGCGGGAGAUUGGAUGAAAUCUCUUGAAUCCUCUAUCCACCGGAAAAAAGGGAAACCAGUAUCCUGA